CACAUCUGAGACAUCUUCAGCAUGUCGCAAAAGCGCGGUGGCUCGUUCAACCACUACGAAAAUCGCGACCGAUUCGACAAGCGCAGCCGUCCAAAUCAGCCCUCAUAUAACUCCACGUCCUAUGGCAACAGUAACCGCGAUCCACGACACGGGUACCCGCAACAACGCAGCCAUGGCCACCAACAAGCCCGUGGCGGCAACAGUGCUGCCUUUCAAGCUGAACUGUCCAAGGCAGAAAUGCAGACCGGACUUGUAGCAUUGCUCGAUCGAUUCGUCGCAGACGAAACGAGAUCUGACGCCGACCGCGACAUUCUACACCACGCCAGCGAGCUGCGUAGACUCCUUGCGCGCAAAGAAAACCCAGCGUCUGCAACAUCACAACGCGAACUCGACGAAAAGCGACCUGGAACAGCGCCGAAGGUUGCAGUACCCCCAUACGUCCACCGCAAAGUUCAGGAAGCCAAGGACCUUCCACCACUCCCGCCCAUCGACGAGCCUCACAUACACGACGCAGUCUUUACGCACCGCUCAUACAUUAUCAAGAACGGCGAGAAGGGCACCUACACCGAUCUUGAGCUCGACUAUGAACGCCUCGAGUUCCUCGGCGACGCCUACAUCGAGCUCAUUGCCUCGCACGCCCUCUACAGCCGCUUUCCCCACGUCGACGUACCCCAGCUAUGCUCUUGGCGAGAACGACUUGUAGAGAACUCCAUGCUGGGCAAGUUCUCGGAAGCAUAUGGGUUUACAGACCGCUUACGGCACCACAAUCAAUGGGACCGCAAUUCAAAGGCGUGGAAGAAGGUCGUCGCUGACGUGUUCGAAGCCUACGUCGCCGGUAUCGUCCUCGCAGACCCUCGAAGCGGAUACGAGACUGCAGACAAGUGGCUCACAGAGCUGUGGGCACCCCAGUUGCUAAGCUUCAAGGAGAAGAUCAUCGAGGAUCCACACGCAAAGAACAAGCUCGCUGCACUAGUCGUUGUCAACGAUAUCAAGCUCGAGUACCGUGAAGAGCGCCCUAUGAUCUACGAGAAGGGUAGUAACUUGCAGAAGUACUUCAUGGGCGUGUACUUGACGGGCUGGGGAUACCAGGACGAACGGUUGGGCAGCGGAGAAGGACAGAACAAAGCCAAUGCUUCAUCAGCGGCAGCCGCUGAUGCGAUCAAGAAGAACAGCAGUGUGACGCAGGAUGCAGCAAGGCAGAAGGCCGAGCUGGUUGCCAAGAGGAGGGAAGAGAAGGCACAAGCCGAGGCUGAGGCUGCUGCAAAGGCUGCUGAAGAGGGUACGACAGAGGAACCCGGAGCACAAGCAACUGGAGAGAAGAUGGACAAGAGCAAGGACAAGAAGAGGGAGGGGGAAACAGCAGAGGCUGACGAGAUGCCCAAGAAGAAGCACAAGAAGGACAAGAAAGAGAAGAAGCAGAAGGAUUCGACUGAGAGCGAAUCAUCGAUAUAGGAUUCCUUUGAUUCACGCUUCGGCGGAUACUACGACAUGCUUACCCAGCAAAACUCGACUUUCGAUUGAUGAACCAGUCCGGUUCGGCGAUAUCUCGGCACUCUCCAGCUAUCCACAUUCAUGCGCUAUACCCGAGGAGACACAUCAAGGCAGAGUCAUCAUACGUAGGUAUCUAAUGCAUAUAGAGCUUCUUC